AUGGUACGAAUCGGCUUUCCGCGACGACCUGAUACUCAACAAUCCGCGCUGGAAGAUGCCCUAUGCCGAGCCAACAUCUUCAUCGCCCUGGAAGAAGAAAAGACUGCCAUGGCAAAACGCCACACCCCCACUAAAACGCAGGCACCCAAGGAGAAACCAAAGGAAGAGCACUACGAACCAAGGCAGCAUUACGACAGGAGCUACCGGAAAAACGAGGCCGAACGCAGGGCCACGAACUGCUACGUCCAAGCCAAGCCAGCUGGACCGAUCAUGGUCAGAACGCCCCCAGUGGAACAAAUACGUCCGCCCGGCCGACCCAAGAUCGCCCAAGGAGAAGGAUCUUCGCAGUCCUACUGCGAUUACCACAAGCGCCCUGGCCACGCUACAGCGCAAUGCCGACACUUGCAGGAGUACCUCCUCGGCAAAUUCACCAACGGGGAGAUAUCGGGAUCCGAUCCAGCCUCUUUUCAAAGGAACCCGAAUCGUCCGCCUCCGAACGUCCAAGGAGGAGCGUCGGAACCCCAGACCAGGAGAUUCCCGCCCGCAGGACCCAGUCGCGACAGAGAAAACGCCGAUCAACAGAAACAGAACCACGAGGAAACGAACGCCUGCACGUCGCCACCACCCCCGCCGAGGCGAAGGAUCAAUAUGAUCAUGGGCGGUUUGCCGACCUGCAACGACUCGGUGCGCUCGAUAAAGGACUAUGGAAGGAAGACGUCCAUGGCUCAACAGUGGAAGCAGGACGUCGGUGCCGAACUCGACGAGGCAAGCAUCAUCUCCUUGAAGGACUCGGACGCCAACGGUCUCCACACCUCGCAUAACGAUCCUCUGGUAAUGGAACUCAUGAUCGGCGACUGCGAAGUCACCCGGGUAUUGAUCAACACCGGCAGCACCGUAGACCUCAUCUUCAAAGAAACACUGCAAGAUGGAACUCCAGGACUGCCGAAUAAAACCCAAGAAAAAGCCUCUGACAGGAUUCUCCGGAGACACCACCAUGACGGUCGGCACCAUCAAACUCGUACGAGUAGGACAGGUCACCAAGAUCGUCAAGUUCGUGGUGUCGACAAGCCGGCAAUCUACAACGCGAUCAUGGGAACCCCUUGGAUCCACGCACUAAAAGCGGUCGCCUCGACGUACCACCAAUGCCUCAAGUUCCCAACGCCGAACGGUACCGUCACGAUCCGAGGAACUUCUCCGACCGUCGAAUCCAGCCUCCCGCCCCAGAGCGAGCCCCCUCGAGAGUUGGUCAGCCAGGAGAACAUCGACGACCGGGAUCCAGAACGCUGUGUUGGGAUCGGCACGGAAAUCUCGACCGAGUUAAGGACGAACUGCUCUUCUUGGGCGAACGCGUCCACCUUCGCAUGGAGCACGGAUGACAUGGUCGGCAUCAACCCAGCCGUUACCAGCCACGAGCUAAACGUCGACCCGACGUUCAAACCGAUAAAACAGAAGCGGAGAAAGUUGGGCCACGAUCGCGCUCAAGCGGUAAACGACGAGGUCGAGCGCCUAUCCAAAGCGGGUUCUAUCGUCGAAGUGCGUUACCCGGGGUGGCUCGCGAACCCGGUCGUGGUGAAGAAGAAGAACGGCAAAUGGCGUGUCUGCGUGGAUUUCACCGAUCUCAACAAGGCGUGCCCCAAAGAUAGCUACCCGCUCCCGCAUAUCGAUCGGCUCGUAGAGGCAACGGCAGGGAACGAGCUACUAUCCUUCAUGGAUGCUUUCUCCGGUUACAACCAGAUCCAGAUGCACCCGGACGAUCGGGAGAAAACAGCUUUCAUAACCGAUCGGGGGACCUACUGCUACAAGGUCAUGCGUUCGGCUUAA